ACUUUCGUUAUUACUUUCCUCGUCGUCCGUAUCAGCUUUAUCAAGCCAAAGUUGCUCUAUCUACAGAGAGCUUAAUUCCUAUUUACGCUAUCCUCUCGCUCAAGGUGAAAUUUCCCUCCAAAAUAGAACGAGAAGUGUGAUUCAUCCUAGCUUGUUGAGACAACUGUACGUCUGUCUGCAUUUGGAUAUCUAUAACAUCCUUCGUUCCACCUUGUCCCACCUAGUAUACUACCCUCGGUUUUUUUCACGCCGGGAUAUCUCAGACUUCAUCUUAUAAUUCGUUACUUAUACCUUCACAGGUACCCCACAGUCCUGUUGGCCACCUGACUAGUUGCGUCUCUGCAUCCCUACCUUGCGAGCCUUCCUUCGUUAUCAUCCCUCGAUCUGCAUACGGCUGUUCGUGGGUUGGCUACAUCUAGUCCAACGCGAUUCAACUAGCCAUCUUAACUUUUAAUUUUAUCGUGUCUGGCAGCUUGUCACGCAUCAGCAGCCCCACAUGCAGGUCACACCGUUUAUUCAAGUUCGAGACCUUGCUCCAUCGGCCUCCUUCUACGCGGCUAUCGUCCAGCCACUCGGCCUGCGGUAUAUAUCUGCCAGUCCCUCGUCGAUAAUCUUUGGUGACGUGAACUCACCUACUCCUGAACCGGUCUUCGAGGUGAAGCAAAGCAUCGACCCCAGCUCCAGAUCACCAAAACGCUGCCGUCUAGUCCUCUCGGCGAGCUCACCUUCGAUUAUUUCUGCCUUCCACACAGCUGCCCUACGAGCCAAUCCUGACCUGGAAGGUGCCGGUGCCAACGUCAACUAUCUUCGUCUAUACAAUACUUCAGAUUUCACGGGCGAAAGCUGCUCAAGGGCCGCAGAUUUCGACGGCAACAUAAUGGAAGUCGUUCACGCCCCCCAUCCCGACUACACUGGAAGCCAUGCAGGCUCGGCCGUGCGUCGUACUCAUUCGUCAUCCCAUGAAGUCAGUCGCGUCCUUGAUUGGAAUCUAGAUGUUGGUACUACCUCGGCCCCGUCGAGGUCCGUCGCUAGCUCAGUUGCGCCUAGCUCGACUGCCGUGAGCCGCACGUCCGACGGCGAGCCCUAUACCUUGAUGCGGAAAAGCGUUACAACUUCGACUGUCGAGGCUUCGCCGCGCGAGGAAUCAAGGGGGUUUAGUGCUGGCGCCGUAGUUGGCACCAUCCUUAGUGUGGCUGCUGGCGUGGCUGCUGGUGGCGCGCUGACCUAUUCUAUGAUGAAGGGAGGUGAGCGCGAGCGAAUGGCUUAUCGGGAGGCCGCGCCACCGCUGUCGCGACGCACAACAUACCCGGACAACUACUCAGACAACCGGCCCCGAUAUUAUCCACCAUCCAGUUAUUCCGGUGGACAUUCUCAGGCCGGCGGUCCGAGAAGCAGAGCGGCGGAAGAACUUGACGACCGUGCCAGCCGACAUUCCAGUCAUUACACUACCGGCAGCCGGUCGCGGGGUCGCAGUGAGGCAGGCUCUACAAGACGUCCCUUGAUGAUUGCCGACGUCGAGCAUAGGAGCAAUGCGGGCUCGAAACAUAAUGAUUCGCCAAGACUCCUGAUGGAUACAGAACACCGUGGUCACUCGAGCUCCAAGCACAAUUCGGACAGCCGCAGUCAUGCGGGAUCGAGACACAGCGCAACUUCACCCAAGCAUUCGCCCAGAUAUUCGCCCGAGUCUGAUCAGCGCAGCUACUUUAGCUCAAAACAUGCGUCACCACGACACCGUGAAACCGAUGCCGAGACAUAUAUAUCUGCUCGGAGCGAGAGAUCAGCUGCUACGAUCCGACAAGCCCGUCCGCCAGCCUCGGUUGAAACCGCACCGCCGUCGCGAGCACAAUCUCAGGCUGGCAGCCGGUAUUCCGCCGCCACUGUGAGACCCAGCGGUCCCGGUCGCGCUCAUAGCUAUGCCUCGGCUAGGAGCAUCCCACUCCAGGAGAGUUACGUCGGAAGCUGUCAUAAUGGCUGGGAUGACGAUUUGAGUAGCAUUGCUCCUAGCGAAAGCAUUAGCAACGUCGGCCACCGCCACGCCAGACGAUCACAGCGUGCAUAGGUUGCGCGGUUCUUCGCAAAGUUUCUGUCGGGACAGACAUUUUGCAGAGUAAUAUGCAUCAUUGGACUCGGGACUGGGGUACUUAGUAAUGAGAUGAUGUGAAAAGGAUAUUUUAUGGGUAACACGGGGGUAUACGAUUUUUUAAGUUUCAUUUCAUCUCGCUCUUUUGG